AGCUUUAUAGGGCCACAGUGAUGCGUGUAAGGCAUUAAAAUCGCUGUUGUUAAGGCAUUAGAAUCAGACACGAUCGCUACGACCGCAGCCAGCAGCUCACGUCCUCUCGAGGCGUUGGUGAGCCGUGCCACCGAGUGGACUCCAUGGCGUCCGUGCUGCGGCGCGCGCGGAGCACCGUGCGGAUGAAUGCGCGUCGAGCCCAAAGCACGGUCCGCAUGAAUAACUGGGCCCAGUUUUAUUGGCUCCAGUCGCGCGGCUCGAAGGCGGGCGCGUUCGGCCCGGCGCUGCUCGACCAAAAUCUACAGGAAUGGGGCGGCCCCGUAUCACUGAUAGAGAAAUCCAAAAAUCACACGCUCGCGACGGCGCGCCUCCCGCCCUGGUGCGCGCGAAGGGACGGGAGACCGCCGCUCGGCGCGCUCCUCGCGUUGAUAGAUCAGGUGUCGACGUUCUGUGGGCAGGCGGAAUUUGAUGGCAGGGGAAGGCCGGGCGUGAGUUUGUUUCUGUCGGGCGAGGUUGUGGACGAGGCGCCUUCCUUGGAAUCGGGCUGUGGGAUUGAAAUCUCGACGAGACUCCUCAAAGGAGGCCGGACGCUCGCGUGGCUCGCCUGCGAGGUGUAUGCUGAUGGGGAGCUCGUGGCGCGCGCGCGCCACGCGAAGUUUCUGAAAAUUGACCCGUUGCACGAUUUGCUGGUGCACUCGCCUCUACAUAAUGCGGCGCUUCCUAUACUUUCGAGGUACUACGCAAGUUUGGAACCGCACCCGUACGUCGGCGACGAUACGUGCUUGGACGCUAUCUUCAAACCGCGCCGUAUCCAGGAAAAUGCCUUCGAGGUGGAUAUUACAAAUGACCACUGCAACGGGCUUGGGGGGCUGCACGGCGGGGCGGCCUGUAUUCUGGCGGAGCACGCCGCGGGUGAUGAUAAGCCCCUGGCGGCGAUGCACGUGUCGCUGAUGCGCGGGUUGAGAGCUGGCGCCGUCGCUCGAGUUUCUCAAGAAGCGGGACGCGUUUCGAUCGUGGACGGCGCGACCGGCGCGGCCUGCUACGAGGCGACGGUCUCGCCGGCGAGCUGACGUCGCGUCGAUGGCGUGAACUCGGC